UAGGUCUAGUUUCUCUGCGAUUCAGUCUCAAUUUUUCUUGACAUCUUUUUCAUCUGAUCCUAAUACCAUAUGAAGGGUGUUGCUACUGCUUCUAAUGAGGAUAAAGAAAACAUGUUCCUCACAUUAGCAGUUGAAGAAGCAUAUAAAGCGGUUGAAACUGGCGAUGGUUACCCAUACGGCGCAGUUAUUGUUCGAAAUGAUGAAAUAGUUGCAAGCUGUCAUAACAUGGUUGGAAAAAACACUGAUCCCACUGCUCAUGCUGAGAUUACUGCUAUAAGAGAGGCUUGUCGAAAGCUGAAUAAAGUUGAACUUGCUGACUGUGAAAUUUAUGCUUCUUGUGAGCCUUGUCCAAUGUGCUAUGGUGCAAUUCUUUUUUCAAAAUUCAAGAAAGUGGUUUAUGGAGCUAGAGCAGAAGCUGCUGUGGCUGUUGGGCUUGAGAGUAACGUUGCUGAUGCACUGCAGGACAGUAGCUUUUAUGAGAAGGUGAAGAUGGAGAUCAAAAAGGCUGAAGGUAGUGUCGCUGUAAUGGCGGAACAAGUAUUUGAGAAUACCAAAGACCAGAUUGUUAUGCCCUCAGUUGCUUAAUCAUCUCAUCAAGUGUGAACGCAAGUUUCAGUUUGUUCAAUAAAACUUGUUCAAGUAACAAGGGUGGAGUUAAAGUUCAAUAAAACAUCAGUUUCUUACUAUAACCAUGUUCAAGAAAACUUGUAAUAGGUGUUAAGUUAUUAAGUUUUCUUUUUGGUAAGUUUCUCUCACGUACUCAUAAAGUUCCUUGUAUAUAGGAUUGAAAUAGUCUUAGGUAGUACGUUGUUAUUUUACAUGCCUAUUUUAGUGCACUGCAGUAUGGCAUGUUCAGUUUGACAGUUAUUGUAAAAGCUUAUAUAAGCUAUCUCUCUUUAUUGAAUAAAACAUUCUCUC